UGUCAAAAGAGUAAAGUUUUGAGGUUAUUUUGAAUUUUCCAUAUUAAACUUCGUAUUUCUUAUAUUUUUAAUUUUAAUGAAUAAAAAGUCAAGAUAAACACUUAAGUUUAUUCUUAUGUUACGAUCUUAAAGUCCAUAUAUAAAUUAUCGAUUUACUUUAAAUAAACUAAAAAGUAAUGUUCAAGCUUUGAAGGAUAACCUUAUUCCACACUGUAAACUUUAUUUGUUUUUGAUUUUUUGAGUGGAAAUGGAAGUCGGUGCAGUGAAACAAGCCUUCAACAACGAGAUAAUAUUGCUGAAAAAGAAUCUAAAUCAAGCUAAAAUACAAAUCAUACACAAGCUUACAAGGAAAGCUAAGACAUUCACAGAGAAGAAAUUACCUGAACCGCAUAAAGAAAAAUUAAAAAGAAAAGCAGAGUCUGCAAUCAAAGAAGUUUUAAUUAUAAAGAAAAUUAAAGCAAGGGACAUAGCACGAUUUAUAGUGACACACAGUGGUAAAUUAAAUGAUUUUCUAAACAAGCCUACAGUAAACAAUGAUAAAGCAUGUGCAAGAUUACUCCUUCACAAAGCCUUACAAGAAAAAUACAAACACAUAAGAGAAAAGUUCUCAGACAUAUCAAUAAAAGAUUUGUUUAUGUCCAGACAAGAAAGAAGGAAGCUUAAACAAGAAGCAAGAGAGAAACAGAAGAAUAAAAAGAAAGGAAAAGACAAUAAAAAUAAAUCUGAUGCUGUUAAUGUUCAAGGAGAAUGGGAUGUAGAAAUGACUGAUGAUAAAAAUGUUACACCUGGUGAUGAUAAUAAAAUGAGUGAUGACAAAUUUGAAUCAGAAAUUGAUCAAUCUGAUGACAGUGACGAUGAACCUGAUGAUGAAAUUGAGAAUGAUGAUCACAAAAUUAGAAAUGGUAGUGAAUCAGAAUCUAAGCAGUCAGGUAGUGAAAGUGAUGGUUCUGAAAUUGAUAUCAAAGAGAAAUCUUUAGUUUCUGUAACAAAUGAUAGUGAUACUGAAAAUAGCAGUAAUGAUGAAACAAACAUAACAAAUGUGUCUUUUAAAAAAAUAGAUGAAUCAGUGAAACCCAUCGCAAAUGAUAAUUCUAACAGAGCAGUUAGUAAAAAGAAUGAUUCACAAACUAAAAUCAUAAAUAAAAAACUUGGUAAAAAGGAUAAAAAUAGUAAUAAAAACAAAAAUCUUAAAAGUAAACUUGAGAAAAGAAAUUUCCAUAAAGAAAUUGAUGAAACACCAAAUGCAGUUACCAAAAUGGUUGAUCCGUUUUUUAUUACAUCAUCAGGUGAUAAUUAUAUGUCACUCGUUGAACCAAGACAACCAGAUGAAGUGAAAGAAGUCCAUAAACAAGGCAAUAGACAAUAUAGAAGAGCUGUCAUGUUCGGACAUGUCCCAAAAGUAAAACCUAAAAGAAACUUUGAACCUAGAAAUAAUAAUUUUAAGAGAAACAAUAAUUCAGAAAUGGACAAUACAAAUUCUAAUAAUAAUAAAUUUAACCAAAAUAAAAGAAUUGGUGGAAAAGAAGAUUUUAAUAGAAAAACAGAUAGAGGUAAUAAUAUCCCUAAAGUUGAUACAUUGCCAGAAAAACUGCAUCCUUCGUGGGAGGCUAAGAAAAAGCAAUCAGGUAUUUUACCAUUCAAAGGUAAAAAAAUUGUGUUUGAUGAGAGUUGACAUAAUAUGUAAAUUAAAUAUUAAUUAAUUUAAAUACAAUUUAAAUUAGCCACUA